GAGAGAGCGAGUCUGGUUUGGAGGGAAGCAGUAAGAAAAUACUCGUGUAGCUUGACGAUGAAGGUUCAUUGCUCUCUCACUCCUCUCCACUUCACCCACCGCUCCUCACUUCCUCCCCUAAAUCACACCUCCAUAAACCCUAACCUCAAUCCAAUUCACAGCCUAUAGAUUAAUUCCUCCUUUUUCCGCGGUUAAUUUUGAUUCCUAAUUCAUAAUUUCUGUAAAUUAAUUGACAAUUUCGAGCAUGUCGAAGAUGAAGCACCUGCUGCGGAAGCUGCACAUCGGCGAUCACCAGAAUCUGGCGCGGCAGCCGCCUCCAGUGCUCGACCAGCCGGCUCAAACGGCGUCGUCUUCGCCGUCGCCGUCGCCGUCUCCCUCUCCGCUGCCAGAUUUGCCGCAGACGGCGUCUUCGUCGGAGAACGAUGGGACGGGCACGGGCGCUAAUUUCAAUUACCUCGAAGAGGAGUUCCAAAUGCAAUUGGCGCUGGCAAUUAGCGUCUCGGAUCCAGGUCAAACCUGCGUUGACUCGGAAACCGCUCAAAUCAACGCGGUGAAGCAGAUUAGUCUCGGCCGCUCUCCUUCGCAGAGCCUUGCUGAAUUUCUAGCGCUCCGAUAUUGGGUGAGUAAUCGAUCUUCUAGCUUUGUGCCUUUUUUCGGAGGAGGUGAAUUUUAGGUGUUUCAGUUGUUACAUGCAUCGUUGAUUGGGAGUGUUUCUAACAU